AUGUGUCCUUGCGAUGUUACCCCUGCGAUCGCUGAUAAGCUGCUUGCCACCGUAUACAACAACAUAAAGAUCGCUGCUCCAGCGAAAUUCAAGUUGGGCGAGUUUGUGCGCGUGAGCAAAUUUAAAACCAUCUUCGAUAAAGGCUAUACGCCGAAUUGGUCAACGGAGGUGUUCAAGAUAGCCAAAGUACAGGCAACUAAUCCCGCAACGUAUCUGCUCCUCGAUUCGUGUGGAAAACCUGUUGCCGGAGGAUUCUACGAACACGAGCUGCAGCGUGUCACCGAUCCUGAUGUGCAUCUAGUGGAAAAAGUGUUGCGUAGGAAGGGAGAUAAGGUAUAUGUUAAGUGGCUAGGGUUUGAUAAAUCACACAAUUCUUGGAUAAAUAAAAAUAAUGUAUUGUAA